CAUUUGUCCUUAAGCGACUAUCUGAUCGCUUCGCUCUGGCCAGCGCCUGCAAGUAGACUCAAUUCGUGAACCAUGCAGACCCAGAUGCGCGCCAGCCGACAGGCAUUCAGCGGGCUAACCAAGCCCAAGGUCAUGCCACCCCGUUUGGUGAAGACCCAAGCGUACGUGGAGGCUUCGACUAGCUACGCUGUGCUGCAGCAGGCUGUCGCUUACGCUGUGGUGCUGGGAGCCGAGGGCCUGUACACGCGGUCUCAACUGCCGGAGGGCGCUGCCGGCCGGCCGGAGGUGUUGCCGGUCGCUGCGGGUGUGGGCACCACUGCCCUGGCCUGCGCGCUGGUGUCGCUCAACAACGACGCGCUGUACACGCCCGCCUUCAUCGUGGGGCUGCUGUCCAGCGGCGCCAUGCUGGCCUACUGCGUCAAGCGCACACUGGACACCAAGCAAGACGACAGCGACUGGCCCGGCCCCAAGGCCUGGCCCGCCACCAUGGGCCUCAUCUCCUUCUUCGCGCUCAACGUCUUCAUCCAGGCGCUGCGGGCGGAGCUGUAAGCUGGAGGGACGUGUAGCUGCGACAGUACGACGGACAAGCGGGCGUGCGGGCACGGUGGCGGAGGCCUUUGGUGGGCUCCCUAUGCUGGAGAGUGCCGCACCUUGAAGUUGUCAGGGGGGAAGCCCGCUUGAGCUGGCUUUGUUUCGGACGGAGGUUUGGACGGAUGGCGGUUUUGGCGUGUGUGGUGCGCGCUCCACGGUUUCGGGCUGUCCUGACUAGGAAGAGACGCGGCAUGCAUGCGCAGAGGGAGACCGGGCGGCGUUGUGGUGCCAACAUGAUGGCCGAGGUCCGGCAGGGUGCCAAGGCAGGGGCGCCCCGGCCAAUGCCUGAAGCCGCUGUGUUGCGGAUAGGUGUGCCCUAGGUGUCGUGGGCACUGCCGUACGGCAGGGUUGCUGCACGGGGCUCUUGCGAGUUGGGCGGCCCUCCAGAGCCCUUGUGUGGUUGACACAUAUCUG